CCUUGGCUCAUGGGGCGGGCAUGGGACCCGCAGGCAGAAAGGCUAGGCGCCCUGUGUGAAGGCUACAUGGAGCUAGGGGUUGAGGCCAUGGCGUGAUGACAUGAUGGAGGAGGAAGCACAGGAUGGAGCAGAGGCGCCUGCGGCAGAGGAGGUGCCUGCGGCAGAGGAGGUGCCUGCGGCAGAGGAGGUGCCUGGAGCGGAGGAGGUGCCUGGAGCAGAGGAGGUGCCUGGAGCAGAGGAGGUGCCUGGAGCAGAGGAGGUGCCUGGAGCAGAGGAGGUGCCUGGAGCAGAGGAGAUGGAGGCGCCUGAGCCUGAGCAUGCCAUGGCGGAGCGUGAUCUCAGCCCCCGGCCACCGGAACCACGACAGGUGCGGAAGCGCCUGGCGGUGACGUCCCCGGGCUUUGGGGUCAUGUCGCGGGCGGCCGCGGCAGCGGCCGCGGCGACACCGGUGCUGGAUGACCCGUACCUGGUGGUGGAUGCGAAGGAAGCGAAGCAGAGGCUUCGCAGAGUCGCCCUCCUGGCGAUCAGUGGAGCCGAUGCUGAAGAAGGCGUGGGGCUCGCUGAGUUCAUGGACAGCCUGAAGCAGCUCCAUCCCAGCGCCCAAGCUGACAUGGAGAGGUGCGGCUGCUCCUCCCUGCGGGAGCUGCUGCCGGCGGUGGGCGGGGCCCGCGUCGGCCAAAGAGCCGCCGACGCCGAGGAGCGGGUCUUCCCAGAGGAGGAGGGCCAGGCGAACGGGAGAAUCACCCUGAAGGUGGACAGGACAGGCGGCGCGGCCCUGGGGCUGAAAUUGGCCUCCGACGAGGACCAACGCGCCCUUGAGAUCCUGGAGGUGAACGAGGGUCUGGUGAAGGAGUGGUGCUCAAAGUGGCAUUGCCAAGUCUUCAAGGGCGACAGGAUCAUCGCGGUGAACGACCAGCGCGGCGACAGCCGCAAGCUGCUGGACCUCAUUCGACAGCAUCAGCAGCUGGUGCUUGUCAUCGUGCGUGGCCGAGGAAGAAGGCGGCCCCCGCCGCAGCGAGGACCUCCCCGCCGGAAGCCGGGGUCGGAGGCGCAGAUCCCGGGGGCAGCCGCCAAGAGCGCAUCGCGGCGGCCCAGGUCCCUGCGGCGGCAGCUAUGGCGGGGUCGAGGAAGAAGCCGCGGCAGCCGGGCGCGUCGGCGCCGGAAGCGGAGGAGGUCCAGCCGCUCCCGGGAGAGCCGUCAUGCACAGGAGGCGCGGAAGUUGCUGGAGAAGAUCUCGCACCGCGCCAGGUGCGGCGUUUGCACGGAGUUGUUGGGCGCCUACGGCACCCUAGACCUUCGCAAGUGCGGGCACCCCGUGCACGCGCAGUGCCUGGUGGGCGCCGAGCGAGACAGCGAAGGCCAGAUCGUGUGCAAGGCCUGCGAAGCGGAGGCGCAGAAGCGUUUGAAGAGUGCACGGCGGAAGGCCCGCGACUCCAGCUCGAAGAGUUCAAGCUCCAGGAGCGAGAGCAGCAGCUCCGAGGAUUCCAAGCCGCCAGGCGCGCUGUUUGCGAUCCGCGGCUCCUCUCGCUUCUGCUCCAAAUGCGGGCAGCACUUGGGCUGGGUCGAAAGGGCCGCUUCGACGCAGCAAGCGGCCGCGGAGGCUUUGUGCGAAGGCUGCCAAAGGGCGGCGCAAGUCGAAGCGUCCGAAGCAAAAGAGGCGGAGGAAAGCGACGAUCAGAUGGAGGUGGACGAGUGGGGCUUUCAGAUGGCCAUAGACCAGGUACGGGAGGCGUCCGGCGACGCUGCGGCGGUGCUGGAGGCCCUCCUGAAGUCUAAGCCUUCGGAGGAGUUUCUGAAGGCUGGGGAGUGGGAGACGACGCUGGCCGACCUGGACCUGAAGCCGCCCGAGGGCGCGCGGGCCGCCGCGCUGGCGGCGAGGCUGCUGGCGCUGUGGCGCCGAAAAAGUGGCCGAGGCGGCGAAAAUGGCGGUGAGGCUGCGCAAAGUACCGCAGCAACGCCACCAGACGCCAAGUCGGAAGCUGGUCCAGGCCUUUCAAGCGGCCCUCUGACUAAGGGCUUCCUGGGCGCGCUGCUGCAAAGAGCACGGCAGAAGGCGAAGGAUCAGCGGGCGGGCCGCGAGGAGGCUGAGGAAGAGGUCAAGGCCCCUGCCAAGGCUGAGACCCCGCGGCCGAGCUCGCAGGCUCCUGGGCAGUGGCUGCCGGGUUUGCCGCUGCCGCCCAUGUACCCCUGGGUGGCGGCGUCGCAAGCCUUGCCCUACUGACC